ACUCAUGCAAUUUCAGUGGGUGCGUUGUCCCUAAAACAGAAAAUAAUAAUAAUAUUAAUUUCUAUCCAAAAAAAAUAAAAUAAUAAUAAUAAUAAAAAUAAAAUUGCAAUAAAAAAUCUGAGGGCCCAAAUUCUAACCCCAGAGUUUUCCCGCGUGAGAAGGCGUUAGUUAAAAGAGGAAGAGUUAGUUAAUUGGUCAUGGAAAAUGGCGCCAACGGACCGUAACAGUGUUGGUUACUAUGUCUCACACACAAAAAUACUAAACCCUCCGAUUUUGUCUCCUGGCCUUCCCUUCCUUUUAAUAGCUAUCUCUCUCUUUCUCUCCCUGUCACACCCAAACCCUAGUCCGUUUAACCCUAAAUGGUUUUCUUGUUCCUGAUCUUUUCUCAAAGCCCUAAUUCUCAGUUUCUUUCUAACUACCUCUCUCUCUUUCUCUCUAUCUUUAUCUUUUUACCAUUCCCAUAUAUGCACAUUAUAUUUCUUCAUACUUUUUGAGCCCUUUAAGACAUUAUAUUUCUUCAUACUUUUUGAGCCCUUUUAAGAGUUAAUAUUCCUCUUUCUCUAAAAAAGCCAAAAGUAAAAAAAAAUUUCGAGUGGUCCAGAAUUUCUGGGUUUUCUUGAUGAAAGCGAGUUGGUCCUGACAGCUGAGAAUUAAUAUCCAAAACGGGGUUUGACGAUACAUUCGUUUCGAAUACCCAGUAUUAGACACCAAAAUAGGAGAUUUGGAAUUCAAUUUUGGAUCAAAUUAUGGAUGUUAUAGACAAUGAACAAAAAAAGGGUAGCAGUAAGAAUCUCAAGGUUCAUUUUGAGCUGCCUCAUGACGCAGCUAAACCUCCUCUGCCUCGCCAGAAUUCUACUUCAUCAUCAUCAUCUUCAUCAGAUUCAUCUCUUGAUUCAUCAGUUGCUGCUAAUCCUCCUUUAGAACUCAAACAAGAUGGCCUUGAGUUUCAAGAGUCUUCAUCAUCAGAGAUUUCUCCUCCAAUCUCACAAUGGAGCAUGCAAAGUGCGUCACCUUCACAAAGUCCUAAUAUAUUCCGUCCCUCAGGAUAUGACCCAGCUCGAAUUCCAUCUUCUAUUUUCUCUAAACCUUCGACGGCUAUGGAGUGGAGUGUAGCUUCAAAUGAAUCAUUGUUUAGCAUUCAUGUUGGAAACAACAGCUUCUCAAGAGAUCAUCUUAUUCUGUUGCAUAAGUCCGGUGAAUUGAACAGGCCUGUUGAUGAGUUUAUGAACAUUAAUCCACCUACACCACCUCCACCUAUUGCCGAAGUGAAGCCAGUUGAAAGCCAGAAUUUGAAUGUGGAGAAAGACUUGGAAGCGACGGAAAAACCUGUUGAAAUAAGUGAAGCCACAAAUACAAGUUUUAAAGAUUCUCAAGAACAGAAUAGUAAUGAUAAGGCGUCUCCUCCUGCAGAUGCUGUUCAACACUUUGUCAGUGUCUCUUGCCGUUCUGAUGAAAGCGCCCGUUCUUUCCAAUUUCCAGUAUUGGCAGGUGAUGCUGGGAGAAAUAGCUCUGCGAAGGUGGACUUAGAAAAGCAGUCACAGGAAAAGCAGUCACAGGAGACGGAGUUGAAGGAGGUUCAAGAGCAAGAACAGCCUCUAAGGCGUUCAUCGACCCAAAAAGCUGCUCCGACGGGCUGGUCUAACUGGAUGUGUUGUUGCUGGGGUUCACAAGGAAAGGUCUCCGAUCCAUAGAGCCACCAUUUGAAUUGUCACGAGCCCAAAACAAAUUAGAACUUCCAAUAGCUUGGGGCUAAUGAUGAUUUCCAUUCAUGUUGGUGUCGCUUUCGGCAUUUUAAGUGCACAGAAUAAUUGAUGAAGAAAAAGCAAUUGUUGUACAUACUUUCUCUGAUUAAAUGAUAAAAUUCUAAAAUCAUCUGACUAUCCAAUUGUGCCUGGUGUGUUCUGUGUUAGCUGCCUGUGGAUUGCAUCUUAGACUGCCUCUAUCUGCUAUAUUAUAUCAUGAACAAAAUUGACAGAUUUGUGGUGAUGGUUAUAUAUCUUAGAGCUUUUGGUUGUUCUGGUUCUAUUCCCUAUGGAUGCAGCUGAGAUAUUGUUCAUUCUGAUAAUAUAUCCAAGAUACUUGCAGUGCAUGAUCCUUUACUUCCUACAAAAAUUCUAUUUUCUUGAAUCUACAUUUGAAAAUU